CGCGGCUGUAUUUUGUUUCCGGCCACGUAUUUUAGCAGAAGACGCGGGUCGACUGUCAAAGUCCCAAUAGACGGGAUUGUGCGCGGAUUUCGCGUUAUUACUGACCCAGUCCGGACCUAAUUAUGUCCAGUUGAUGCUGGCCAAGUGACGAAAGUGUUAGCGAGACGGACAACAUGGAGAAGGUGUGGUUGCUGGUGGCUGUGGCGGCGAGUGUGCUGGCCAGGGCGGCUGCGGUCGAGCUGACUUUCGAACUCCCAGAUAACGCCAAGGAGUGCUUUUACGAGGAGAUCGAGAAGGGGACGGAGUGCACGCUCGAGUAUCAGGUUGUCACAGGUGGACACUAUGAUGUCGAUGUCCUUGUUGAGGGACCUGCACGACAAAUUUUGUACCGUGAAAUCAAGCAACAGUAUGGACAGUUCCAGUUUACUCCAGACCAUACUGGGACGUAUCAGGUGUGCUUCAGUAAUGAGUUUUCAACCUUUAGUCACAAACUCAUCUACGUAGAUUUUCAAGUAGGCGAUGAGCCACAGCUACCAGGUGUUGGGGAGCAUUUCACAGCAAUGACCCAGAUGGAGUCAUCAUCACAAAAGGUUCACGAGAACCUAAACUCUAUAAUAGAUUAUCAGACCCACCACCGACUACAGGAGGCCCAGUCACGGAAAAGAGCCGAGGACCUCAACGAACGCGUCCUCUUCUGGGCUGUGGGGGAGACUUUGGGUAUUCUGGUCAUUGCGGUCGGCCAGGUCAUGAUACUGAAGAACUUCUUUGCAGACAAGAAGAGCAAUCAAGCUGCCUAUUAAGCCGACUGCAUUUAUCAGCAGUUUGUCUCCUUGCCACUUUGAAGAGAUCAGCAUCCCUUAUCAUCAUCAGGAAAGAACAAAUUGUUUGUAUAUUAACGGUUUAUAACGAUUUAUUUUUAUGAAAGGAUUUGUCAGUUAUGAUGGAGCACAUACUUCUGUCAGCCCAAAUGGUCUUUAAGUUGUCUUCACGAAGAGGGAAAAAAAGAGAAAAGUAUGGGUUCACUGAAUUACAUGUUUUCUAAAUAAUGAAAAAUUUAAGUAUCAGCAGUAUUGUGAACUUAGUACAUGUGAGCAUUUAGUCAUUGUUAUCGAGGCAUUUUAUUAUUCAUCGUUUUAUGCUGGAAAUUUUGACGUUUUUGAACACAGAUAUGGCUAUUGUAACUCUUCUGUUCUGGAAAUUCUAAAGCGUUCGGGUCUAAUUUCAUUUAAUUUCAGAUAUUUUAAAAUGUAACCAUUGUAUAAUAAGAUUUUUGAGGAAUGACUUAGUCUUUUUGUUUUGCAAAUUUUAUUUUAUUUUAUUUUUAGCUGUUGAGUGUUUAUAGAAUUAUAUGUUAUAGGUAAAAAUGAAUCUGCAAAUAAAUUAAAAAUUAACACAUCUACUGCCACAAAUUUCUUUAGAUUUAGAUUAAUGGCAUGAGGUUAGAUACGCUCCGGAAUGAUCAGUUGCAUCAACUGUUACCAUCUCAUGUUAAUGCAAAAAAUAAACUUUAAUCUCUUUUUAUGCUAGUUAAUUUUUUAAAAAUCAUUCAUUGCAGUCACCUUCAGAAUAGAUCUCAAAAUACAGCAAAAAAAAAAAAAGUCUUAAGUAUAUAAUUAAAAUCUGUAUAGGGAAUUGCUUGAGUAUGGCAGAAAUAGCUUGUGUUUAGUUUGUCAUUUUGAGAGUUUACACUUAUUUAGAUGCUUUCAGAUUAACAAUUUAGGUUUUGUCUAUCUGGAUGCACGAGAUCUGUAUAUACAGAGUCAAAGUUAUAUUUGAAUGACAGGUUGAGCUGAAUGGGAUGACUGUUUUCUGUGCAUUUUGUAGGCACUGUUAAAUGCCAGACUCGGAAUCUGGUGUCAUGGAAGGUCUUUGCAAUCUUCCCUCUUUGCUGAAGAAAUGCAAGAGCACAAGGUAACUUCACAGGCAUUAUUUGAGUACUUUUUUUAUUUUUUUAUUUAUUUAUUUUUUUUUUUUUUUUGAAGUCAUGAAAUUGCAUUUUUUACUUUCUAGGGUUUUCAAAAUUUAACGGCAAGAUGUUGCAUUGUAUUCCACUGAUAACCAGAGAUGUGACACAUGCUUAAGAAUGAAAAGACUUGCAUAUUGUGUGGCUUUAGAGUGUGAUGGUAAAUUAUUGUUUUUGUAUGUACUAUCUUAAUAAAAAGGAGUAUAAAUGUA